AUCGAGGAUACAUAUAGAGAUUCUUCAAUAUUGUUUGCAAGUACUUAUUUGUCCUUCAAAUUCUGUGGUUCUCAAGUAAACAAAUCACUCAAAAUUCACCACAAUUGACAACUUUACCCUCACCCCAUGAAAGCCUAUAAAAACACCACCAUUUCCAUUUCAUUUGCCACCAUCAAUCUAUAUUUCUCUCUAAUUUCAAUAAAAUAAAAAAUAGCAAAAUAAAUAUUGACCAAUGGCAUCAAGCUCGGCGAAUCGUGACUCGGGAAGAAAAUGGACCGCGAAGGAGAACAAAGACUUCGAGGAGGCAUUGGCCGAAUUCGACAAAGACACACCCGAGCGGUGGUCAAACGUUGCUCGAGCAGUCGGUACUCGAACGGUGGAGGAAGUUAAGAAACACUACGAAGUUCUCCUCGAAGAUCUUAAUAAAAUCGAGAGUGGUAAGGUACCCUUGCCCAAUUACAAGACCACUUGUGGAAGUUCUUAAAUUCUCGUGGUCGUAACACUAAAGGAUGAAAACCAGAAGCUGCGCUGAUUAAUUAAGUACUAUAAAAAUAAUUAAUUAUGAAUUUUUAGUCAUAAGAUAAAUAGUUAUUAAAUUAUGUGUUUGAGAAUCACAUGUAUAAGUAGUGGUUCUUAAUCAAAUUAUAUUGGCCAGGUUGCAUUAGUAUAUUAUAUAUCUAUGUUGGAAGUUUUAAAUUUA